AUGACGUCUACAACAUUGCGGGAAACGACCUCACCUGUACCUACUGCAACCACAGGCACAGACACUGAAGACAAUUCCCCGUCCCCCGACUCACCAGACACCGCAUAUAACAUCCCACUCUCAGAGAUCACGUCAGCCUUCACAUCGCAUUUCAGUACCUUGGUUCUCAACACGCCAGCCUCUCAGAUGCAGGACAUAUUGAAUGAUGAAGAAACGGUCGAUGAAUUCAUUGUGCCAACAAUUGAAAUCACCUCCCCAGAAGUUCAACAGAAACCGACAUCGCCAGCAACACAUGAAGCUGACUCACUUCUAGAAGAUUUUCCGUUCUCAGAUUUGGACUUUAGUUUUCUUUCUAUGCCCAAUUCUCCUUCUAGUACCUUCUCACAUGUUGAACCGCAUGACCCUGCUCCAGAAACCCAUGUACAAAGCUCGUGGAUCGCUGUACCUGACUCAGUAGACCAAAGCACAUCGAUCAAUAGUUCUAUCCCUACGCUAAGUCCCGUAUCUACCUGUGAAUCAAUCCCAACGUCUGACUGCUAUUCGCGCACAAAUGAUCAAACAACUGUUGAUCUUUACGCUGUUUCAGAAAAUGAGAACCCCAAUCACGCAUCAGAAAGCACCCCAUUCAUCACCCAGGUCAUCCUAUAUGGACCCGGCGCAAAAACGACAUGUUUUCAUGUGAAUGUCGACGACAGAGCAAUGGUAAACAUAAUGGACCUAAAGGCCUUCAGCAAGGCAUCACAGAACCUCAAGAAGCUCACGCAAUCGGCACGCAUUCUCUGA